ACAACCGUCACUCGGGGGGUGACUCGGGGACGGUGAUGUUCUGUUUUAACGAAAGUGUUGAUGUUUCCCCACCUGCUUAUUUUGAACAAGUGUUUUCUCCCUGAGCUUGGUGCUCUGCCCCUGGAGUGUUCACUUUCGCUGCCAAGAUGCCCACCCAGCUGGAGAUGGCCAUGAACACCAUGAUUAGAAUCUUCCACAGGUACUCUUGCAAGGAAGGGGACAGAUUCAAGCUCAACAGGGGGGAACUGAAGCUGCUCCUGCAGCGAGAGCUCACGGAAUUCCUCUCGUGCCAAAAGGAUCCCCAGUUGGUUGAUAAGAUAAUGCAGGACCUGGAUGCCAAUAAGGACAACGAAGUGGAUUUUAAUGAAUUUGUGGUCAUGGUGGCAGCUCUGACAGUUGCAUGUAAUGAUUACUUCAUAGAACAAUUGAAGAAGAAAGGAAAAAAAGAUAAGUAGUAAACUAAGCUAAAGGCAGAACUAUAUCCCAAGUUAUUUACUUACUGUUCAUCUAUACCCUCCAGAUUUAUAGUUACAGUAAUGUCAUUUAUAGAUAUAAUAUACAUGUAAUUAAUUGUUUAUAUUGUUAACUGAUGUACACCUUAAUAUAUUGACUUUAAAUAAAUACUCCAAAUCUUAUAUGCCCUACUUGAAAUUUUCCUGUAUUAUUA